GAGAAACAGCUAUAACAUUGCCCAUCUACCAACUACCACUUCAUCGAUUCCAAGCACCGUUCAGGAAUAUCAACUACACAUACACAUACACAUACACAUACACAUACACAUACACAUACACAUACGCACGUAGUAAGAGAUGUCAGUAACUCUCCACACUAGCCUAGGCAAUAUCAAAAUCGAAGUAUUUUGCGACAGUGUACCCAAAACCGCAGAGAACUUUCUCGCCCUCUGCGCCUCAAACUACUACGACGCCUCCCCCUUCCACCGCCUAAUCCCCACCUUUAUGAUCCAAACCGGCGGGCCCUCCCCCAGCAACCCACUCCUCCCCUCUCCUCCUCCCCCAAAAGGCGGCACCUCCAUCUGGAACACCCCCUUCUCCGACGAAAUCCGACCUUCGCUGCGCCACCACGCCCGCGGCAUCGUGUCCAUGGCCAACAAAGGCCCCGAAACCAACGGGUCUCAAUUUUUCAUCCUCUUUUCCCCCGCGCCGCAUCUCGAUGGUCAGAAUACCGUGUUUGGACAUGUGAUUGGCGAGGAGAGUUUCAAAGUGCUGGGAGAGUUGGAGGCUUUGGAGGUGGAUAGGAAGAAUAGGCCCAAGGAGAAGGUGCUGAUUGAGGGGGUGACGGUGCAUGCUAAUCCGCUUGCGGGCUGAGCUUUAAUGUGUGGCUUUGGGCUGGGAUUUAGGUUUGAGAUGGUGGUUGAGGAGCUGCGAGAUUGAUGUUAUAUGAUGUGAUAUGGGAUGAGCGGGGAAGAAAGUCAGGAUGGUCAGAUGGAUGAAUAGAUGGACUAGCAAAACCACCCCAACAAACAACGAAACGAAAUAAACGCUCCCGAACACGGCGCGGAAAUCAAUAAUACGUGCGCUUCGCUACAUUUCGUUGCGUUACACAUGCACA